AUGGGAAGCGAGUGAUUCGCUGAUUCGCCAGAUUUCGUCGUAUUUAUUUGGUAAUUUGCUAAGAAUUAGCGGAGGGCCAGCGCCUAACGAGUGCAGUGUAAUUAACCGCGAAAGGCGCUCUAAUUAACGCAUUGCGGCCCCCGUCGUGAAUCGUCAUCGCCGCGAACGCGACAGUGUGCGUGUCGAGUGCGUGCGUACGCGACCGUGUUCGAGUGUGUGUGUGUGUGUUUGUGUGGCGCAGUUCACACAACUUGGCCUGGAAAAAGUGAAAGAGUAUUUUUUUCGGCCAUAUUGUGUUGUCAUAGUUGUGGAAAAGUGCAUUUCCCCGCCAUAUGGAGUUACCCGAAAGUGCAUUCUGAUUCUCCCUGAUGCGAAGUAAAUAGCGCGACUUAUGUAAAGCGGAGCAACAACAAGAAAAACCUAUUUACAUUUACAAAGACCUCUCUUAACGUGUUUGUCUUCGGUUUCAGUAAUUAGAGGAAGGAACAGGCAGUAAUAACACAAACAAGAUUGCCGGUGAACGAAUGUCAGGCAAGCCAAACAGCUAGAGUCACCUCGAACCUGCACGCAUCCAGUAGUACGAUGGCGGUCAGCCGCGUUCCCUCGCCGCCCUUGCCGGAAGUUAAUACGCCAGUCGCCGAGAACUGGUGCUAUACGCAGGUUAAAGUGGUUAAAUUUAGUUAUAUGUGGACCAUAAAUAACUUUAGUUUUUGUCGGGAGGAAAUGGGUGAAGUACUCAAAUCGUCCACAUUCUCAGCCGGUGCUAAUGACAAACUGAAAUGGUGUUUACGGGUGAAUCCCAAGGGUCUUGAUGAGGAGAGCAAGGAUUACCUAUCGUUAUACCUACUGUUAGUGUCGUGUAAUAAAUCGGAAGUGAGAGCCAAGUUCAAAUUUUCCAUACUAAAUGCCAAGCGUGAGGAGACCAAAGCCAUGGAAUCCCAAAGAGCUUAUCGCUUUGUGCAGGGCAAGGAUUGGGGUUUCAAGAAGUUCAUCCGACGCGACUUUCUGCUGGACGAGGCCAAUGGCCUGCUGCCGGAGGAUAAGCUAACCAUUUUCUGCGAAGUCAGCGUUGUGGCGGACAGUGUCAAUAUCUCUGGACAAUCCAACAUCGUGCAGUUCAAAGUGCCCGAAUGCAAGCUAUCCGAGGAUCUGGGCAAUCUCUUUGACAAUGAGAAGUUUAGCGACGUCACGCUCUCUGUGGGCGGUAGGGAGUUCCAGGCGCACAAGGCCAUACUGGCAGCGCGCAGCGAUGUCUUUGCGGCCAUGUUUGAGCAUGAGAUGGAGGAGCGAAAGCUGAAUCGUGUCGCCAUAACCGAUGUGGAUCAUGAGGUUCUUAAAGAAAUGCUGCGAUUCAUAUAUACGGGCAAAGCACCUAAUUUAGAAAAAAUGGCUGAUGAUCUCCUAGCGGCUGCUGAUAAGUAUGCACUCGAAAAGCUGAAAGUGAUGUGCGAGGAGGCGCUGUGCGUCAAUCUCUCUGUAGAAACAGCAGCCGAAACACUAAUAUUAGCUGAUCUCCACAGUGCGGAUCAAUUGAAAGCACAAACGAUAGAUUUCAUAAAUACUCAUGCCACCGAUGUGAUGGAAACCUCCGGCUGGCAAAAUAUGAUCACAACACAUUCACAUUUGAUAGCGGAGGCAUUUCGUGCGCUCGCAACACAACAAAUCCCACCAAUUGGACCACCAAGGAAACGCGUGAAAAUGAGCUGAAACAACAAUGCAAUAACAGCAAUAACAGCAACAAACCGUACACCAACAACAAUCAACAACAACAACAACAGCAACCGCAACCGCAAAAACACCAACAAUAAUACCAACAAUCGUUUCAACAAAAAUUGUUAUAGAAAUGAGAACAACAUGAUUGUGAAAUAUUUGAUAGAUCGAUUGGCGGUUAACCUCAAGAAAGCAUCAUACGGCAAUACUAGAACAACAACAACAAUAAUAAAUUUUAUCAACAACAACUACAACUACCACUACGACUACACCAACAACUACUACAACAACAGCAACAAAAUCAGCAGCAGGAAGAUAGUUCAUGAUGAUGAGAAUCAGAGCAAGCAGUACCGUUUAUUGUUUCGAUUUCAAGUAAUUUAAUUCAUUUUGAUAAAACAAAACAAAACUUGA